CAGAGGCGACCAUCAGAGCUCCAGACAGAAGGAGAACCCAGGAACCAGCUGUUCGUUUUGUGGGUUUUGUGGUUCCUUUGAACUGAAAAGCUGCAGAACCAUGAGCCACCCCGGAGAACCAGGAACCACCACGUUCUUCAACUGGACCUCUACCAGCACGACCCCACCUCCCUGUGAUCUCAACUCACCGGCCAACUUCUUCUUCGCAGCUUUUUACAGUCUGGUGUUAGUGGUGGGUCUGCUGCUGAACGGCUUCACUCUGAAGGUUUACCUCUGCGGACCGGCGCCGACCGGCGGCGGCGUCGGCGUCUACCUGAAGAACCUGGCGGCGGCGGACUUCUUCCUCUGCCUCUGCCUCCCGCUGAGGCUGGCUCACUUCACCAGCAGCUCGCCUUCCCUGCAGCGCAGCUACUGCCACGUCGGCGCCCCGGCCUUCUACCUCAACAUGUACGCCAGCAUCCUGUUCAUGGGCUACAUCGCAGGAAACAGGUAUCUGAAGAUCGUCCAUCCUUUGGGGACUCACGUCCUUCAGACGGUGCGAGCGGCUCACCUGGUCUCCAUGGUAACCUGGGCCUUCCUGCUCGCCAUGACGUGCGCCUACGUGGCUCUGUGGUCCGUCACGCAGCGGGCGGUCGCGCCACGGGAACACAGCCUGCGCUGCGAGGUUCUGCACAGCCAGCAGCUGAAGACGUUCUACCGGGUCGCCCACGGCUCCAUGGCCGCCAUCUUCCUGCUGGUUCUCUGCUCGCUGCUCUUCUUCUACCGCCGGAUGUCCCGCAGGCUCGCCGGGGCGCAGCGCCGCCAGCCGGUGACCGCGGGAUCCCGGAGGCUGGCCCGCGGCCGCAGGAACAUGCUGGUCCUCAUGGGCGUGUUCUGCGUGUGCUUCGUGCCGUUCCACCUGGUCCGCCUGCCCUACACCUUCCUGUCGGACCGGAGCUGCCAGCUGAACCGAGUUCUGUUCUACGUGAAGGAAGUGACCACCAUGCUGUCGGUCCUCAACGUCUGCCUGGACCCGCUCAUCUACUUCAUCUUCUGCAAGGCCUACAGGGCCCAGCUGGGCCAGAGGGGGGCGGGGCAGGGGGCGGGCCAAGGCGGGAUCCGAGGGGCAUUGAAGGGGGAGCUCAGCUCCACACAGGAAGCCCCCAACGGAUAGAAUCAGGGCAGGAUCAAGGGACAGAACCAGAGUCAAAACCAGAACCAAAGAUAGAACCAGGUCAUCCAGAGGCAGAACCAAAGUCAAAACCAGAACCAGAACCAGAGAUAGAACCAAAUCAUCCAGAGGCAGAACCAGAGUCAAAACCAGACUCUGAACUCGUUUCUCUAGCUCGUCUUUCUAAAUGGUCUGUGGCCUUGAAGGCUCCUUUAUUAUUUGAAGCUCGGACCUGAAUAGAUCUAUAUGUAGAACUGUAUGUGUGUGUUUACCUUGUUCUGUACGGCUCUUUGUGAUUUCAUCUGUGAAAACAGCUUCAUCAAUAAACUUUACUUACUUAGAGCAAGUGCCAGA